AUGAAUGUCGAAUCACCACAUCUCGUUCCGGUUUAUUUGUCAUUUUUAAGUGAAGAAUCAAAAGUUUUUCUUGGUAUUGAAAUACCAAAUUACGGAGAACGACAGCUUUUUGAUUAUCCUUCAUAUUUACGUGAAUUAAGCUGGGUUGAAUUAUGUAAAUUAAUCUCCAUCUGGUGGAAAAUCACCAAGACGAUUCGUCAUCCAAACAAGUUGCGAGUUUUAGAGUUUAAGAAUCAUACUUUUCCAUCUUUCAAUGAGCUUUCAGCCAUCAUUUGUAACACGGGUUCAACUUUAGAGGUUUUGAAAUAUGAAGGGGUUGAAAGGUAUGGAAACGUUGAAAGGUAUCCAGGCAUGAUCAUGAACAUCGCAAAUCAUUGUCCAAAUCUUAGAAAGUUGGAAGUUAAAGCAACCGGGGAAGCGAUACCUCAAUUGAGUUUCCUAUUUGAGAGUUGUAAACGACUUGAAUUAUUGAAGAUUCGAGGAAAAUUCGAUCCGGGAGGGAAUGUAGAUGAAGAAUAUUUGCCUCGAUUGGCAAGGAUCGUACCGGAAAAUUUGAAGAAUCUCGAAAUAAUUACAUUUUAUACGUUCUCAAUAUCAGCCGUACAAUCCUUCCUUCAAAAUUGUAAAGCAUCGAUUAAAGAAUUAACGUUAAGGUGUGCUGGUGAUCCGGAGAAACAUCUUGAAGCGUUCAAGAAAUACGGAAGAAACAAGGAUCUGAACGUUAAGGCACACACGGUUAGACAACUAAAAUGGGGAAUCAAUGAUAUUUCGAUGUAUUUCGAUCGAGAUUAUGAAUUAUUAUUUUGA